AUGGACUACCUCAAAUCCGUCCAGAAACGCUUACCUUCCGCGGACACCAUGCCCACUCUCAAAUCAUUACAGCACGCUUCUUUAAAAGACGCCAGAGUCCCGCAACUCACAUUCCUGCGGAAACGGAUACGCAUACGAGGGAACAGCAAGUUUAGUGUGCCACUGUACCUUGUCCUGCUGUUCCCCUGCAUAGUGGUGGUGGUUCUGCUUUCAGUCUUCGUACGGCAUCCGGACUCGCCUGCUGGACGACUAAUACCGAGCGGCGCGCCGCCGAGCAUCCGCAAGAUCAGCGAGAAGCACGACAAGGUCUUCGAGUCGGGAUGUCGAGAUCCGCUCAAGGAGGCGCAAGCACACCCGCGCGAGAAUGCGGCAUUUGUGGUGCUGGCACGGAAUAAAGAGCUGGAUGGUGUGGUGGAGAGCUUGAAGAGCGUGGAGAGACACUUCAAUCGCUGGUUCCACUACCCGUACGUCUUCCUUAACGAUGGAGACUUCAACAGCACUUUCAAGGAGACUGUGCUCAAUUACACCUCGUCGAACGUCGAGUUUGGCAAGAUCGGAUCGGAACAUUGGGGAUACCCGGACUGGACUGAUGCGAACGUUGCGAAGGAGGGCAUCCGGAAGCAGGGCGAUGCGGCCAUCAUGUACGGAGGCAUGGAGAGCUAUCACCACAUGUGCCGUUUCUACUCUGGAUUCUUCUACAAGCACGAGCUUCUGCAAAAGUACGACUGGUACUGGCGCGUGGAGCCCGAGAUCAAGUACUUCUGCGAUAUCACAUACGAUCCGUUCGUGGAGAUGGCGAAGAACAACAAGGUGUAUGGGUUCACGAUUGCGGUGAAGGAGUUGAAGGAGACGGUACCGAAUAUCUUCCGGUAUGCAUCGGCGUAUAAGCGGGUGACGAACCACACUUCGCAAGGGCUGUGGGAAAUGUUCGUGGAGCCGAAGGAGGGCUAUAAUCAGGACGGUACGCCGAAGAAGGGUACUAUUCCGCCCAAUGAGCUGCCGAAGGAUGAUCCGAAGUAUGCGAACGAGAAGACGAAGCCGCUACCGGAGGAGAUCAUGAAUACUGAGCCAGGGAAGGGGACACUGCCAGAAAUCGACCCAGAGGCAAUGGAGGGUGAGAUCUACAACAUGUGCCAUUUCUGGUCCAACUUUGAGAUUGCUCGCCUCGACUUUUUCAGAAGUCAGGAGUACGAGGACUUUUUCAACAUGAUGGACCGUUCCGGCGGCUUCUGGAUGGAGCGGUGGGGCGACGCACCCAUCCACUCCCUCGCCGCCGGCGCUCUCCUCUCCCCGAAACAAGUCCACUACUUCCGCGACUUCGGCUACCGCCACACCACCAUCCAACACUGCCCCGCCAACAACCCGGCGCGCCAAAUGCCUCGCACCCCCUACUACGGCCCCCGCGACGACCCCAAGGAGAACCCCACUUACGGCACGCCUGCCCUCGACACGAAAUGGCAGAGCUGGAAGGAAGAAGAUGACUACUGGGCGAAAUGGGACGCCGGGAAGGAGAACGGUGUUGGGUGCAGGUGUAGGUGUGACAUGGAUAUUGUGGAUGUCGAGACGAAGGAGGGGAGUUGUAUCCCGGAGUGGGUGGAGAUUGCGGGCGGGUAUCUGACGCCUUCGGGCCCUGGGCGGUGA